UCCUUUAUGUUCGUGUUCGAUCCAUUUUGCCGCCCCCCGUAAGCAAAAUGGGAGUUUCGCGACCAAGGGAGUGUGGUAUAGCCGCCAGAUUUUAUGAGAACCCAGAAAUAAUAGCAAACUUCGAUCCGGUUCGAACAUGGCUAACCAGAAAUCACAAGAAGUACACACAGUCAGAACCACCAACAAACAAAAGCCUCGCCAAUCUUUGUUAUCAAUUAUUAACGUUCCAAGAACAACAUUACAACAAAAACGUGAAAGACUCAGCCAUGAAACUUCCAUCGCGUCUGUUCAUGGAUUUCAAACCCGGUGGAUCAUUGUGUUACAUCUUUCUAAUGUGCAUGAAGUACCGACAUGACCAGGGCUGGCGUAAGCUAGAUUUCAACUCCACACGCAUCGAAAAGCUACAUGAAAUGUUUGAUUGCGUCAAACGUGAACUUGCUAACCAGCGACUGUGGACCAAACCGAGUGUUUACCUCACUGAGAUGGACGAGGGCCAAGCUACGCUUCUCCGCGAAACUGCCGUACGCAUAGGAUUAACGCUCUCGAAGUUACCAGAGCAUGCCACACACAUUAUUCACCGGCCUCCCGAUGGUUGGUGUGGCGAUGCCCAUGAGGAUUCGGUUUCCCAGACUUUUCGACCGAUUUUUAAGGAAGGUAGGGGUCUUAUGCUACAUUGGCUAUACGCACCUGGAUCCUUCGACACUUGGCAUACA